UGUUCCUGUCUUCUUUCAUCUCUCUCUCCCUCUCUCUCUCUUUCUCUCUCUUCUCUCUCUUCUUCUUCUUUUACUCCUCUUCUCCUCAGCUGACAGAAGCUCUCAGGCUCCCGGUUGGUCUGCUCGCUCGCUCACCACUCUUCCUUCAGCCACUGAGGAUCCAGAAGCACACGGGACGAACACUCACUCACUGGAGCCAAGAUGGCAAUGAGCAGCAUCCUCAACGCUGAUGACAUCAAGAAAGCACUAGACGCAUUUGCAGUUGCUGAUUCAUUUGACCAUAACAAAUUCUUUGAGAUGGUGGGUCUGAAGGCCAAGUCUGCUGAAGACGUGAGGAAGGCCUUCCUGGUGCUGGACGCCGACAACAGCGGCUUCAUAGAGGAGGAGGAGCUCAAAUUCGUCCUGAAGGGAUUUGCCAAAGAUGGCAGGGACCUGACAGACAAAGAAACCAAAGCAUUUUUAGCAGCAGCUGACAAGGAUGGAGAUGGCAAGAUCGGAGUUGAUGAGUUCACUGCCCUGGUGAAAGAGUAAAUAGCUGCCUGUCCUGACUGAUUAGCGCUCCAAGACCACCUCCCUCCCUCCCAACGGCCGCCACACCCUGAUACUCGCUGACCCCCCCCCCACCCCCUACCCCCCAGCCCACAAGACUGCAGCUGAUCCCCGCCACACGCGCACUCCUCUUCCUCACCCUCAUCUAACCCCCUCCCCACACACACACACACACACUCACACACACACACACACACACACACAUUCUGCCACCUAGCCCACUGCCCUCCUCACUCAGCGCCCUGCUGCGCUAGAGGAAGGGAACUGUGGUACCCUCCCCAACACACAUACACACACACGUGCACACACAGCCUGAAAUGCCCCGACACACAGACACACACACACCCACACACACACACUCAUCCUCCAGUACCCCUCCAACUGCUGUCAUCUUAUUUAUUUUAUCCUUUUUAUACAAACCGUAUGUGUUUCUGUUUAUGUAUAGAUACCAAACAUGCCUGCAAGGCUAAACCUCAUGUUUUAAAGUAUAAUGUAGAUAUUUAAAGAAGAAGAGAAACAUAAGAGAAAGCCCCUCCUUUCCUUCUCUUACUAGACUUCACCCUUUCUUUAACCUCUCCCUCUUUCUUAGCCAACACUUCCUCUCACUUUCCCGCUUUCCCCCAUUUUUUUCCCCUGUUUUUCUCUUCUUUAUUUCACUUCUGGCACGGUUACCCCUCUUGCAUUUCCUCUCCUCUCUGUCCCUCAUCCACCAUCACUCCAUCUUAUUCAUCCCUCUCUCCUCUGGUAAUGAGCUGUUGUAAAACACACCAAAAGAAGAAAGAGGUCAAGCUGUGAAAGAACAAAAUAAAAAGAAAAAAAAUG